AUGCCUGAAGAAAAAGAUGAGAAUUUUACACUUAGACUAAAUGAUAAAGGACUCCAGGAUACGCCUCUGCUCACUUUUGAAAGCCAAAAUUUGAAACGCUUGUUCUUACACAACAAUGAACUAAAAACACUACAUUUAAAUGUAGGAAAUCUAACUAAUCUGGAGAUCCUGUUACUUGAAAGAAAUAGACUGACGUGUUUGCCACCAGAAAUAUCAUUUCUUCAUAAAUUAACAGUAUUGAAUGUCAGUCACAACCAGUUACUGUAUCUCCCUAAAGAAUUUUCAAAGCUUGUAAAUCUUAAGGAACUUUUUCUCAAUCACAACAACAUGGAUGAAUUUCCUUUUGCACUGAGAAGCCUUGAAACAUUAGAGCUUGCUGGGAACAAGCUGAAAACUUUGCCAGAUGCCAUCGUUGACAUGGAAAAAUUGAAGGUAUUCAACAUUGAUUCCAAUUACUUCUCAAUAUUUCCAAGGGUUCUCUGCUACCUUCCUAAUCUAGUAAAACUCAGCAUAUGUCAGAACUCGAUUCAGAGUUUACCAAAGGAUAUUAAAGAGCUCAAGAAACUAGAAGAAUUUUCAAUUAGUAACAAUAAGCUUAUAUUUUUGCCUGUGCAGUUUUUCCAGUUGACGAAACUGAAAGAACUCAGAGCUGAUGAUAAUAAAUUGGAGUUUCUUUCAGAUAAAGUGGAGAAUUUAAGAGAACUUAGAUUUCUGAACCUUGCAAAAAAUUUAUUCAAAAGCCUUACAGAUAAUCUUUGCAACUGUACCAUGUUGAAACAUCUCAUUAUACAUGAUAAUCAGUUAACCCAGCUCCCUGCUAAUAUCCACAGACUUAGAAAUCUAAAGGAGUUUUCUGUAAGUAGGAAUCAGCUGGACUCACUGGAUGAGCAGGUAUCCUAUUUAAAAGACCUCUCCAAGAUAGAGCUUUCAGGAAAUGCAUUGACAAACAUUCCCGUUGAAUUAAAAGAUUGCAUACAGAUAACCAAAGCUGACCUCAGCUAUAAUAAGCUCUCUCAGUUUCCAAAUGCAUUGUGCGCGCUAUUUGAUCUUAAAUACUUAAAUCUUAGUGGCAACUCUAUUUCAGAAAUAAUACCUGGAAUUUCCGACAUUAAAGAUUUGGAGCAUCUAGAAUUAAACAAAAAUAAACUGUCCUCAUUUUCGGCAUGCUUGUGCAGCCUUACAAAACUAGUUUACUUGGAUUUAAGUGAGAAUGAAAUCAGUAACAUACCAGCAGUGGUAUCUGAGAUGAAGGCUCUCCGGGUGCUGCUUUUACACCAUAACAAGUUUGACUCAUUUCCUGAAGAGCUGUGUACUUUAAAGUUUUUAAAAGCACUCGACAUUUCAAAUAAUCAGAUAAAGACUAUUCCUUUAAAAAUUAGCAAUCUGGAAGCGAUCAAAGACUUAAAUGUAUCAGACAACCAGUUUGCAUCUUUUCCUUCUGAAAUAUGUCAUCUGUCCUCACUGGAGAAAUUGACCGUGUCUCAUAUGCAUGGGUUGAAGUUAACUCAAAUUCCAGAGGAGCUAUCUAAACUGGUUUGCCUCCGGGAGCUUGACAUAUCUCAUAAUGCGUUAAAGGAAAUGCCAGACAGCAUAGGGGAACUGGAAAAUUUGGUCCAUUUAAUUGCAAAUAAUAAUGAUAUCAGCCAGCUCCCCAAGUCUAUUACAUCGCUAAGAAAUCUACAGCACCUUGAUCUGAGUGAAAAUCGACUGAAAUCUUUGCCUGCUGGUCUUCAUCACCUUCAUUUGCUGAAAGAUAUAAACUUUGAUGGAAAUUUUCUGUUUGAGCCACUGAAAGACCUGUGUAGAGGAAAGCAACUGCAUCCCAUUCUGUGCUAUCUGGAAAGUGCCAAUGAAAGAGAUGAGAAGAUACUGCGUAAGAUGAUAGAAGUGAUUGCUGACAACGUUGCUUCUGAAAAUUUUGAAUUUUUCUGUCAGAAACUGCAACUUCGUCAGGCUGACAUCAAGUCUCUGGAAAAUACCAGGACUCUUAAGUUGAAGGAGAAAAUCAUCAAGGCACUGGACAUUUGGAUCAGUGAAAACCAGGACCUAACUUAUGCUGAAAUGGUAGAUAAACUGAUCAGAAUACUAGUAAUGACAGGCAUGUAUGAUCUAAACAACAAAGUGAAAGCUUUAAAACUCUAUUCACAAAUGGUGAAAUUCUAAACAAGGAACGUACAAAGGGUACUUAUGAACAGAACAAAGGCGUGUGUUGCCACUCUUUUUAUCCCUGAAAUUAUUUUCACUUUGAUCGUACCAUAUCAUGAGAACUCAGCCUGUUUUUAGAAAGUCAUUCAUGAUUUUGUAUUAGCUUGUCUAAUCUUUUAAAGAUUGCUUCUGCAAAAAAAUAAAAAUCAAAAAUGCACCUCUUUGAUUUCCAAAGUGAAGCCAUUUUAAUUUGUUAAAAAAUGUACUUAAACUUAUGAAAACAUUAGUAGAUCUUGAGUCUAUUACAUCAAGUUGUUUUAUUCAGUGCUGUGAAAUUCCCACCCUAAAUUAUUGAAUAAUGUUUAUAAACAGAAAAAAAAUGUUCAUGGUUUUAGCAUGUUGCUUGCAACAAAUUUUAGUGUUCUCCGAAGCUGUAUGAAGAUACAGUGAGCAUUCUGAGCAUCUUUCUAGCUUACAUUUUAGAGCAGGAAGAAGUAGGCUGUUUCCCAGUAAUUGCAGCAUACAGGAGGUUUGUGUUUGGAAACAGGGAAUUGGGAGUCCAGAAAGAUAACAUGUUGCCUUAAUGGAUGUAAUGGAAAAGCUGCCAUGGGUACAUCAGUGAUAAAAAGAAGAACAGGGAAAUUGUGGGCCCUCUCCAGAAGGAAACGGGAGACCUGGUCACCCAAUGACUUUUUUUGCCUCAGUCUUCACAGGCAAGAGCUCAGCCACAUAGCCCAACCUGCAGAAGGCAAAGGUAGGGACUGGGAGAAUGAAGAACCGCUCAUGUAGGAGACCAGGUUUGAGACCUGAUAAGGAACCUAAAGGCGCACAAGCCCAUCGGACGUGACGAGAUACAUCCACGGGUCCUGAGGGAACUGGCAGAUGUAGUCGCUACUGUCCAUCAUAUUUGAGAAGUUGUGGCAGUCUGGUGAAGUUCCGACUGAGUGGAAGAGGGAAAACAUACCCCCCUUUUUUGAAAAGGGAUAAUGGAAGACCCAGGGAACUACAGGCCAGUCAGUCUCACCUCUGUGCCCAGCAAGAUCAUGGAGCAGAUCCUCCUGGAAACUUUGCUAAGGCACAUGGAAAAAUAUACUCAAACUAUCAGCC